CUGGUGUCGACGCUCAAUGGGCAAGACCAGUUGCCUGCCUUGUCUGAUCCUCCUCUUGAUGUCGAGGCAGAGAAUCUGGAUGUCGUAAGGGAUAUAGCUUCAAGGAUGGAGAGUGAAAUAAUGUCUGCUGAGAGUUCGUUCGUCAUGGGGGACUUUUGGCCUGGAAACGUCCUCGUGAGCCUGGAUGAGAACUCCAGAGUAAAAACCAUUUCAGUCAUCGACUGGGAGCUCGCAAAAACAGGGCUUCCUGGACAUGACUUGGGCCAGUUCUGUGCAGAACUGUAUUUAUUGCGAUCCUUCGACCCGAUAUCUGGAGAAUUUGCGCUUGCUACCUCCGACAUGACUAGCUCGUUUCUGAAAGCCUACUCUCGGUUUAAGGAUAUACCGUUGGCUCAAUAUGUCAUUACACAUAUGGGGGCCCAUCUUGUAGCUUGGACUCCCAGGAUUCCCUGGGGUAGUAAUCAAAGGACGAGACAGGUUGUGAAGGAAGGGGUGAAAUAUGUAGUUGAGCCCUGGGUCGAAUCUGAUGAUAAAAAGCUGGGCGAAUGGUUCUCACACACCUCAAUUUCGGUUCUUGCAACCAAUAGAUGAUGAUAGUUUAUUAGUAGUAGUAGACGAACGCAG